AUGCUUUCAGGCCUAGGCAUCAGCGACGCGCCAGGGCGGCUCAGCGGCGGCUGCCGCGGCGGCGAGGAAGAGGGCGACGAGGAGGAGGCGGCCGGCGCGGCGCGGGCGCGGGACCUGCAGAGGCGGGCGGGGGAACUGGCAGAGGCGGCGGCGCAUGCGGCGGCGACGGCGCGGGGGCUGGGGCCCAGCCUGCCGGACGGCGGAGCAAAGCUGCGCGCCCGUGAGGCGGCGCUCGAGUCGGAGCUUCGAUCGGUCCUGGCGGAGCUGGAGCAGCUGCAGGGCAGCUGCGAAGGAGAAACGCAAGGUGGCAGCCCUGACGAUGGUGGCGGCGAGCCGAAUGCGGAGGCGAGCGGGUGUAGCUCGCCGGCACCAUUGCAGCAGCAGCAGCAGCAGCAGCAGCAGCAGCCAGCCGAGGCUGCCACCAGCCAGCCGCCACAACUGCCGCGGCGGCGCGGUUUCGGGCGGGCUUCUCAGUCGCCACAGCACAGCCAGGGCCACACGCCGCCCUCCCAGGCCGCCGGGCCAUCUCCCGCAGCCUCGGGCGCCGAGCGCGGAAGCGACGCCGCUGCCCAGAGCGGCGCGGCGGGCGGCGGCGGCGGCCAGACGGAGGCGGGCGGGCGGCGCGUCACACCGCCGCAAGAGCGGGCUGGCGGCGGCUGGCCGGAGGGCGGCGUGGCGCGGACGCCGGCGUCUUCAUCUGCGGCCAUGCCCCCAUUCAGUGACAUCACCAACGACUCAUCCGGCCGUGGGACCUCUUCCGCCAGCGGCGGCGCGAGCAGCAGCCCAAGCCGCGGCGGCGGCGGCGGGGCUCCCCACGGCGCGGGCGGCGCGCGGCUCGCGGCGGCGCGCACGGUAGACGGCGCGGCGCCGGCGGCGGAAGAUCUGCGGGCGCGCAAGCGGGUUCUGAGGGACGAGCUCUGGCGCUUGGAAAAGGAGGUCGCCCAGCUGCAGGCGCAGGGGCCCGGGCACUCCGCCCCCCCUUUAUCCCAAGACGGGGACCGCCACCGGCAUUCCAGCGGUGGCGCCGGCGCCGGCGGCGGCAGCGGCGUGCGCGGCGGGCGGCGGGAGGAGGGACGGGGGGUGGAUGCCGCGCUCAGGGACCGGCGGCGACUGCAGGCGCGGCUGUACCGCGAAUAUAAGGAGAUCAAGGAGCUGCUGCAGCUCGAUGAGGGCCAGGCGCAUGCGGCGGCAGCUGCACCGGCGGCGGGGCGGGGCUAG